UCGCUCAUUUGCGGAGUAAAGAGAGAGAGAGAUAGCGAAAGACAGAGAGAGAGAGAGAGAGAGAGAGAAAGAGUGAGAUUCGGCUCCCUCGCAGGCUGCUGCUGCGGUGCCAAUGCGCACUUUUGGGAUAGGUUUCCCCCAAAACUGACCGUGCGCUCGAAACGAACAUGAGAUUGAGCGACGAGCGCGUCAUGCGUGUCUUCCUCGUCUUUUGCUCGGUGCGAUCAGUGUUUCUGUGUUCCUCAAUCCCCUGGGAUACUGUGCCGCCCUCGAUGUCUCUGCUAUCGGCGUUUCGCUCACACUGAAUGGCUGCCUGGAGCGAGGAAAAGCGGGGAGAAAGAGCGCUGCCUCUCCUCCUUUGAACCAGCGCUGUCUGCAGCAACUUCCCAGCGAGGGGACCCUUUGGCGGUGUGCGUUGGCGCACCAUGGCCCAGACCCUCCAGAUGGCGAUCCCAAACUUCGGCAACAAUGUCUUAGAGUGUCUGAAUGAGCAGCGGCUGCAGGGCCUCUACUGUGAUGUCUCCGUGGUGGUCAAAGGCCACGCCUUCAAGGCCCAUCGAGCCGUGCUGGCUGCGAGCAGUUCUUAUUUCCGGGACCUUUUCAGCAGCAAUAACGGAGGAGGAGGCGGCUGCAAUGAAACCAGCCCGACUGUAGUGGAGCUCCCGUCAGCUGUGCAGCCUCAGAGCUUCCAGCAGAUUUUAUCCUUCUGCUACACGGGCCGUCUCAGCAUGACAGUGGGGGAUCAGUUUCUCCUCAUGUACACUGCGGGCUUCCUGCAGAUCCAACAGAUCAUGGAAAAGGGCACAGAGUUCUUCCUGAAAGUCUCCUCCCCCAGCUGUGACUCUCAGGGCCUCCACGCUGAAGAGGCCCCUCCUUCUGAGCCCCAGAGUCCAGUAACACAGACCGGUAACGGUGCGGCCCGACCCACGUCCUGCGUGACGCCGCUCUCUCUGGUGUCCCGAGUGAAGACAGAGCACCCAGCUAGCCAUCCAGAAGCCGCCACUCCUUACUCGGUGGUCUGCACUCCUGUCGCCAAGCGUCUGUGGGAGGGAGGCAGCAGCCGGGACGGAGGAGGAAUGGGUUCGGGCGGAGGAGGAGGAGGAGGAGGAGGGGCCAGGAAGGCCGCUCGUUAUUCCCAGGAGGCAGUGCGCGGCAGUGCAAUCCAGAGUCCUGGAGCCCUCGGACUGGCCAUGGGUAUGGGUGCCACGGCAACCAGCCUGGCUGGGAUGGUGGCCGGCGGUGGGCUCAGCAGCAGUGCCGGCACGAACGGGAGCUCUGCGGCCGGUCUCGGCAUGUCAGAGGGCGCCAGCCCCGGCACCCUGAGCACCUACGCCAGUGACUCACCCAUCAGCUACCACGAUGAUGAAGAGGAGGAAGAAGGGACGGAAGACUGCGCCGAAGAGCAGUACAGGCAAAUCUGCAACAUGUACACGAUGUACAGCAUGCUCAACAUGGGAGCCACAGGUGAUAAACCGGCUGGGGAGCGCGUUGAAGCUCUGCCCGACCACACAGAGACACGGGGACGGAUGAGAGGCAGAGAUCUAACAUGUCUCCCUGCAGAACUUAUCGCUCAGAUAGGAAACCGCUGUCAUCCCAAACUGUACGAGGAAGGAGACCCCGCUGAGAAACUAGAGCUAGUCUCAGGUACUUCUGUGUAUAUAUCCAGAGCCCAGCUAAUGAACUGUCAUGUGAGCGCAGGGACCAGACACAAGGUGCUGCUGAGGAGGCUGCUGGCCGCCUUCUUUGACAGGAACACGCUGGCUAACAGCUGUGGAACAGGCAUCCGCUCAUCUACCAACGACCCGAGCCGCAAACCCCUGGACAACAGAGUUCUGCACGCGGUCAAAUUUUACUGCCAGAACUUUGCCACCAGCUUCAAAGAGAGCGAGAUGAACGCCAUCGCAGCCGACAUGUGCACCAACGCCCGCCGAGUGGUCCGAAAGAGCUGGAUCCCCAAGCUGAAGCUGCUGAUGGCCGAGAGCGACGCCUACACCGCUUUCCUUCCCGACGUGGUCAAGAUGGAGGACGACGCCCUGGGGACGGACCAGUCCUUCGACCCCGCCUCCCUGGAGGCAGCCGGCGGCGUGGGCAUGGAGUCCGGUGGCUCUUCAGGUGAAUCACUACCAGGUGUGGGCGGGGACGGAGGACCCUUAUUUUGAACAUUGUGGAGGGGGAGGUUGAAAGUUUGGUGACACACAUACCAGUAUUCCCCGGCUCUGCUUGCCUCCUCACUCUUUUGGCCCACGCUGAUUUCUCACAUGUGACUGUCUGAACCACACUGCGGGGUCAACAGCUGUUGGCACCCUGACGUAACCAGGACGUGAAAACUUUAAUUCUCGCUUUAUGACUGUAGGAUGGAGUUAGUAGAGGAAAGGGAGGAGUGAGAGGGUGUUAAGUUUUCUUCUAACUGCCCUCUGCCUCCCCUUGUCUUUUUAAGGUGUAUAACACAUCCACGGUUGCAUAUUAAAUACAUUCCCUGCAGGUGGGUGGAGCUGCCUGUGCAGCCUGAGGAGGUAAAGGUGGCUCGGAGGAGAGGGGCCGAGUAUAUUGAAUGUAAGUGUCAGUGGCAUUUUUUCUCUAUGCAAGCCUGACAACUUGUAUUCCAGCCUUGGAAAGGGAACUUAAGUAGAUUGCAAAAUGUAAAGAACACUACCUGUUCUCCUCCCCGUGCACCCUCAACUCAUCAACCUGCAAGUAACCUUCACCCUGCAUCCUUUAUCGAGACCAGAAAAUCUCACCCGAGUGUUUCACUGUGCAGUCUUACAGAAAUCAAUCUCAUCUUUGUUUUUCCAAAAUUUUCUUUGUCUAAAAAAAGUGAGAGAAGCCGAGAGAAGGGAAAGAUCUUUUUACUGAGAUGAUGUAAAGAUAAUUGAAGGGCGACAAGGUUAUCACAGAUGGUCAUAUUUUUAAGAGGAUAAACUAUAUUUAUACGAGUGCCCAUGCCAAGGAUAUGGUGUGAGCGAGGAGAGUGAGAGGGAUUGUUUUAAAAUCUCGAUCUUCAUGUUUUAUUGAAAGAGGUCUUGUGGAAAAAAAGGAAAAGUGCUAUUUUUGCAGAAAAGAAGCGGUAUAUAUAAAAGCAGUCUUCUCAUAGGACCCGUAGUCGUUUUAUUUUUAUCUCACUUGACAGAAGCGAGGGAUGGAAUGAGCAGUGGAACUGCUAAAUUUAAAGCAUUUCAUCUCCCGCUGGCCGUCUGAAAAAAGGAAGAUUUAGACUGAUUGAGCUGUCCUGACUGUUUUCUAUGAUCUCAACGUUUGCCUCCUCUAAUUGAACAAUCGGCCCCACCAUUUUUGAAGAUGACUGCAGAAAUACGAAGGUUAUAUCAUGAUGUGACAAACACUCAGCUAGUCUCUUCUCUUUCCUGAAGUAACGAGAGAAAUCUGCUCGUCUGUUCACAAACUGUUGGAAUGUGCCUUUAAGUUGAAAUGAACAAGCAGAAGCCUGGAGGGCACAGUGAUGAGGUGGGGGGGGGGGGAUAUGGCUUGAAUCAAAAAGGCUUUAUGGUACGAUCAUGUGUGUGUGUGUGUGUGUGUGUGUGUGACAGAUCUUUGGUUCAGAGGGAGGGUCUGUUCUGCAUGGCUGUGUGUUUCAGUAUGUCGUUUAUUCAUGUAUCUGACGCACCACCUCUAUGAUUUUGCACCUUCUGUGAGAGGUCGAGCGGACGUACGUUUCUGCACCUUAAUGAGAAGAACCAGUGGUUCAUGCACCUUUUUGAGAAAUGUUGUGUAGCACCUGAAGCCCUUUAGAUGUUUUUCUUUCUUCUUCUUUUGUCUCUCACGUCUGCCUGUGUUUAACAAGUGGCACAAAAAAAAAAAAAAAACCCCGACUGUAAAUAGUCCAGAAGACUGUUGAGUCGAAUCCCAAGUGUUCUUCCUUUCUGUUGCUGGAUGCACCUGAUUCUUAUGACACGUCAAUAACUGACCUUUUUAUGUGAACGUUGGUGUUUGUGGAUGCAUGUUGACCUGUCGAUGACACGGGUUGGUACAGGGGGGGGUUCAUUGUUGUAGCGAGGGCCGAUACAAAGUGACAGAGUGUGAUUCAGGAGCUGAAAGCUUUCUUCAAACUACUUUCUCCUCAGAGGCUUUGCUUAAAGGUUUAUUUUUUCUGAAGACAAAAAAAAAGUUGUUUUUUUUCAAUCAUGAUUUAAAUUCAACAAGAGGCAUGAUAGAUAAUAUCUUCAGGCUGAGUUCCCUGAAACAGUUUGAUGGACUGAUGUAAAGACAGAUCAAAAAUGCAUUAAGUAUCAUGUUAAGGGUAAUACCAACAAAACCUCAGUAAGCUUUGCAUUUGACUGUAGAUGCCACAUGAGCAUCCCUCCCCCUCUUACCUCUUUAAAGACUGCUUCACGCAGCUGUUUCAGGUUUCACUUCAUCCAGUCUGUUCAUGUGUUUCACAGAUGCAAAGCAGCGGUUUAAUCGGAGCGCUAAUGUUAAAUAUGCCGAGUGUCUUUUUCACCAAGUUUACACUUGCAGCUUUGUGUGUUUCAUCCCAGAGACUGUUUAAAGACCGGGCAGCGGCAGGAGGCUGAGGCCCGAUGUCCAUUUGUGUAAACGGUCUGUAACUAUUGCGGUACCUUUAGUUAGCAUCUUUGCCCGUUAUUUUCUGUCGGAGAAUUCAUUUAAAGUUUGAGUUUAUGUUACACAGAAAACCGGAUUUUAGGUUUAAAAAAAAAUUGUCAAACUAAAUCGAUGCUAGAUUCAGAGAUGAUUGCUUCGUGUGCAAGAGUGAAAGGACAAAGAGAAAUCAUAAAACCAGGAGCUCCAAAUUUAAAGUUGGGACGUUCAAUCGAGCAACUCUAAUUUAGCAAAGUGGCUCCUAAAUCUAGCGACGCUCCUGCCCCCAAAAAACUGAAAUAAAACCGGUGAAAACCACCUGAUUUCAUUCAUAAGACGACUGUUAUUGCUAGAAGAAGUAUUCAUGCAACACAGGUAAAGAAGUGUCUGAAGUUUCUAAAAUCAUUAUAAGCUAAUCAUUAAAAACGAGGCCGAUCGAGGGCUCACACGAGUUUCUGACGGUUCCACUGUGACCUCCUGAAUGACUCCACUCCGAGUCGCUCGCUUGGUGCUGCUGAAAUCAGCAUCGAUUGUAAGGAAACACGGGCGGUCUCAGAUACAGACGCAGCGUUGGCCCCCUUUUACGGAUCGCAGUUCUUCAACAACGCCAGGACACAAUCCCCCGCUUCACUCACGCCUUUGUUCUCACACACUGCAUCUGUCUGUAACGGGGGAAGAAUGGCGUCCCAGCAUGUGAGCUCACAGUGGGAGCAUCACACACACACACACACACACACACACACACACACACACACACACACACACACACACACACACACACACACACACAAAGCAUUGCCCUGCCUCGCCAGCUCCAACACUACUCAGCAUCAUCACCCCCCAUCAUUACACCUCUGUUACUACAUCCGAUUGAGGAUCAGGGGCGUCACAAUAUCGCCCCAUCAGGGUCGUAAGUAACCCCUCCCUUCAACUGGCAGUCUGUCGACUUAUCCAGAUUGUUUUUCCUGCAACAAAGCUUUACCGCCUUGUUUACACGAUGGCGUGACAUCGGCGUCCCAGUGUGUGAUUUCACACUGCGUGGAAACAGCAGGGGCUCCACAUCCACACCGCGCUGUUCUCCUGCUGGCUCCGCUGUCUUCCAGUGUUUCCGGCUCGCCUCCGUUACUACCUCUGACGACGGUACAGAGGUGGUACUACGCCGUCACACCUCUGUGACAUUCACACUGAGGCGAGGCGUCGCGGGGGGGAAGGGGGGGGGCGCCUUGAGCAGGCAGUCUAAACAGGGUUCCUAAACACUGAGCCGUCAGUUUAUCCAUCGGUGUGUCACAAGCAGAGCUUUUAUUAAAUGGCGGGGUUAGGAUGGAGCAGAAGUAACCGUGGUUACGCCACAUCAGGGGUUUUACUCAAAGUCAGGGCCGACUAUCAAACGGUCGAGUCGUAUCACUCAUAACAUCCCAAUCGUCUCGUUUAAUUCCCCCCCCCCUCCUCGCAUCAUUAGGAGUGAAAAAACGUUUUGUUCACCUUCCCACAUGUAGACCUACACACCUGAACGGAUAAGGUGCGGCACGGCAUGGGGAACCUUUUGUCACUGAGCAGUACAUAUAUAAAUAUGAUAAUACACAUGUAUAGAUAAAUACUGUACAUUAUAUAUAGACACACACAUAGAGGUCAGAUUGUUUGUUGUGCACUCGCAGCAUGAGGUAUAUACUUACCCAGAAACAACGCUUUCUCACAACCUGUGCAGAAACUGGUCUGCCCCACGUCUUGACCCCUGCUCCUUCCCCUCUGUAACCCUGUAGCACCAGUGGACAUCCUGUACUUGUCAUCCUCCUUCUCUCUGUGUUCCAAGUGCCAAUAACUUUGUGAAAGCCCUGUAACUGUGACCCAACAUUAUCAAAGGUAAUUGCACAUUAACGACUGUAAGAUAAAUAAAUACAAAUCAUAGAGCAAUGUCGACAUGGAUUAAAUAAUAAAUAUCUUAAUAAAAGAUUUGUAACAAUU